CUGAGGCAGUGUACAAGGGUGUUUUUUUAUUUGACAGCUGUAUUACUGCUGAUAAGCGAGACUGUGUGAGCUGAUCAAGUAGUGAGACAAGCGUUCAGAGCAGUAGCGGCACAGCAGCAGCAGUGCUCUAGUCACUAGGAGCCGUGGCGGCAGAAGCAGCAGCAGCACUAUCAGUCACAGCAGAGGCAGCAGCGGCAGCAGCAGCAACAAACUCUCUCCUGUCUUUUUCUCUUCUUUCUGGAGUUGUUUCCUGCUCAGAGGACAAAAGCCAAGGAAGUAGGAGGGAAGUGAUCCAGGGCUGAUAGCUGCCAUCAAAAACAAAACCAAAACGCAGACCUGGCUGCCCCCAUGCCUAUCGAAUUUGUUUGCAAAAUCAAAUUUGCAGAGGAGGAUGAGAAGCAGAAAAGCAAACAGGAUGGGGACAAGGAGAGCCUGAUCGAGGAGAGCUGCACACCUCCGACUAAGGACUUGGCCGGGUUUGCUAACUCCUGCUCUCUUCAUGGGAUUAACCACAUCUUUGUCUCUGGUCGCCUGGGCAUCCGGCAGACUCUCUGGGCACUUGCCUUUUUGACUUCACUGGCGCUGUUUCUAUACCAAGCAGCUAAGUGUGCCAUCUCUUACCUGGAGCACCCUCAUGUCACGGCUCUGAAUGAGGAGGCGACCCCAGAGAUGGUUUUCCCCGCUGUGACCAUCUGCAACAUCAACCGCUUUCGCUUCUCCGCGCUCACCGAUGCCGACAUCUACCACCUGGCUAACUUGACAGGUCUGCCCCCCAAAAACAAGGAUGGGCACAAACCCACUGAUUUAAUGUAUCCUGCCCCUGACAUGCAGGACAUCUUCAACAGGACAGGACAUCAGUUAGAAGAGAUGCUCAUGAGCUGCAAUUUCAGUGGACAGAACUGUUCAGUCGAGGACUUCUCUGUGGUGUACACCAGAUAUGGGAAAUGCUACACUUUUAAUGGCAACAAGACGACAUCCAGGAAAAGCAAGCAGGGUGGAAUGGGAAACGGGCUGGAGAUCAUGUUGGAUAUCCAGCAGGAUGAGUAUCUGCCCAUCUGGAGAGAGACAAAUGAGACGUCCCUGGAGGCCGGCAUCCGAGUUCAGAUCCACAGUCAGGACGAGCCUCCCUACAUCCACCAGCUGGGCUUCGGCGUCUCUCCGGGCUUCCAGACCUUUGUUUCAUGUCAGGAGCAGAGGCUGACCUACCUGCCCCAGCCCUGGGGGAACUGCCGUUCCACCAGCAAAGAGAAGUUCCCAGGAUACGACACAUACAGCAUCAGUGCCUGCCGUCUGCUCUGCGAGACCAACGAAGUCCUGAGAGUGUGCGGCUGCAGGAUGGUGCACAUGCCCGGAACUGCAGAUAUCUGCCCUCCCAGUAAAAUCAACUGUGUUGACAAAGCACUCGCACAGCUACAGAAGAACAGUGGGGAUACCUGUCCAUGCGAGACACCCUGUAAUCUCACCCGCUACGGUAAAGAGCUCUCCAUGGUCAAAAUCCCCAGCAAGGGCUCUGCUCGCUAUCUCUCCAGGAAAUACGACAAGUCAGAGGACUACAUCAGAGACAACUUCCUGGUUUUGGAUAUCUUCUUUGAAGCUCUGAACUUUGAGACGAUUGAGCAAAAGAAAGCCUACGAUGUUGCAGGUUUAUUAGGUGACAUCGGCGGACAGAUGGGCUUAUUCAUCGGAGCCAGCAUCCUGACAGUCUUAGAAAUACUGGAUUACAUCUAUGAGGUGAUCAAGCACCGGCUACAACGUCUGCUGAGGCCGCAGAAAGAGAAGAAGAACAAGCAGCAGACCAGCACUGUUGCAACAGUGGGUCUAGAGGAAAUGAAAGCAAAGGAGCCCAAUGACAUGACACGGAGUCACCCAGAGGGGGCGUACGCCAAUACGAUCCUCCCCAACCACCACCAUCCCCACCCACACCCACACACACACCCACACCCCCACCACCAUCACGCCGGGCACCACGGGGUGUUUGAGGACUUCGCUUGCUAGAGCCAACCAUCGUUUCCAGUCCUGGUGACACCAAAAGAUAAAAGCCGUCUGUGUUCAGAUCAGUAACAGACUCUUGGCAUUUCCGUCGCUCCUUUGCUGUCACCAGUGAAAAGCUACAGCCAAAGUCGAACACCAAACUUGUGCUGCUAACAAAGCACUUGUACGUACAGUAUGUAGGCACAAAUUGGACACCGCUUUUAUUUAUUAUGAUUUUUUUUUUUCUCUCUCCGGAUGGGACCCCUCUCAACUUUGUCAAGCUUCACCUGAGAAGUCAGGCACUUUGUUUUUUCAGGACCAAUUUUUGGUACAUGAUCACUACAACGGAACAAGAGGAGGACUGCAUGUCACCUUGAUCCAGUUUAUACUCCAGUGAUUUAUUUAUUCAGCUAGCAUCCUUGACUUUUUUUCUGUCUGUACUCCUCCAUUUCUCUCCUCCUACUUCAUGGAAGACACACUGUACCAUAUCAAGCCAUUACACAUUCUAAAUUAUGUAAUUAUUUAAAGAGAUACUAUUAUCUAUAUGUUCUAUAUUGUAUACAAGAUGAGAAUACUUACAGUGAGCAGAUCUUACUCGUGUUACAACCAUCCAUAACGUGAGGGGAAUUACAUAGGCUGAACUGUAUGACCUUGGCUUAGAAGAUCUAGCAGCAUCUUUCCACAUGAUACACUUUGUCUGGUUUGUGGUUAAGGUGUUAGAGAGUAGCAUUGUACCUGUACAUAAAGUCCAACUUUAAAAUGAGAAAGUUCUAAAGCUCUGUUUCAAUGGUUGUUGUUUAUAUUCGGUUAAUAUAUAACUUAUGUAAUAUUAAUUUGAGUUAUUUAUACAUUUUAGAAAAAGACUUUUAUAUGACAAUAGCGGUCACGAUUGUAGCAAUUACUGUACACUUACAAUCUGCAGAUAUGUUAGACUGCCAAACAUCAAUACAUUUGUCCAGGUGACAAAAAUGGACUGUAUGGAUCGUGACUAUUAUAUCGCCAUCGUUUCCUUUUUAUAUGUCCUGCUUUUUCCAAGACCACACACACAUCCUGGAUGAGGGGUGGAUGAUGUUUUCAGUUAUGACAUGGUUGUACUUAAAUUAUCCUCCUUAUUCAUUUCAUUUCUGCCCACCAUCCACUCUUCACUUUGGUUAGCAUCAUAACUUUGAGCUGACAUAAGCAAUAAGAAACAGAAUUUCAUGUUUUUUGCAGAGUCAUCUCCUUCAGCUUGUGGGGUAGCACCACUGUAAAAGUGUAGCAGCUAUUUACAGUGGAGACCCGGCAUCAAUGUGUGUGUGUGUCUGAGGUGUGUGUGUGUGUUUGUUUGCAUGUGCACUUUAACAUUUUGCACACAUGACUGAGCACAGUGGGCUGAUGCGUCUUGGCCGGGCUGAUCCAUGGGGGAAAAAAGGGAUGUUUGAAAUCGGAAUAGUUAGCAAGAAAGCAGGGAGUUUUUAUUGCAGUAGUAAGGUUUUUCUAAAAUAUAGAGGGAGUUAGGGCAGCUCAGAGUUUAAUUUAAAAAUUGCUCUGGAGGCUGAAAUAUUCUUACUGGUUAACUUAAUCCUCAGUGGGCGGGACAAAGACACAACAGCUUUAAAGAGCACAAGUUAGCAAAGUGGGAACAUGAACUAUAAAUAGAGACCCUUAUGUUGAUUCAUUCAUGAUUAUAUUCUUCAUUAUGUAAAGUCAGCUUGCUCACUUGCCCUUAUGCACUGCAGGAACUUAAACUGUUACCUCUGCCCUCCAAUAAUCCUCUCCUUUAAGAAGAUUAUUGGCUUCAGUGAAAGGUUCUUCCUUGAGUUAUCCCUUAAAAAUUGAGACUUUUGGAUUUAAAGGCAACAGCAGCACCUCUUAUACUGUGUCAUAUAACUUACCAAGAAAUUUUCAUGGUAGGAGAGUUCAGUGGGACAGACAAUGGAAGAAGUAGUGCACAUAUUGAUUUUCCUGCACAUUUAUGCUAGCUCCAGGGCACUGCUGCUGCCGGUGGUCAAAAAUGAAGUCCAGCUCUGUGAACCACUUUGUAGUUUUUCAGUUGUUUGAUCUUUUUACUUUACUCCCUGCACUGUUGGGCCAUGUGUCAUUGCCAGAUGCUGAGAAAUCCUCUUGUCUUUUUCUUGUUUUUCAGGGUUCCCUCAUCCAGACAUUUUUUUUUUUUUUUUGCCUAGCAACUGUUCUGUUCAGUAUGGAGGCAGUUGUAAAAUGGUGAUGGCUGUUGUCAUUUUUGUUGUAAUGAGACAAAACAUUUGCUUGAUCACCAUUACCUGCAGCAUCAGUAAACCCAGAAAGUACUUGAAAUUUACAUUAAGUAUCACCUCUUGCUCCAGGAACUCAUCUACGAAGCAAGUGGUGGAAACAAAAGAACCCAUGCAUGUUAAGUAAUAUUAGGGUGCUUUCAAACCUAGAGUUCGCUAGCUUUGGUCCGAAUCAAGGACUAAUUUUGUUGCCUAGAGUUGGUUCGUGUUCUCAU